AUGGUCUCGGUCAGGCCUGAAGAUAGCACCAAUUCGUCACUAAGGCCUCUACUUUCGGGCCAGCCGGAUGGGCCUCACAAAGCCGUGACUUGGGACAGAGACCUCGAGACUCUGAUGCCUCUGGAGUUCCGGUUCGACCGCACCCUCAGGCAACUGAUAGAAGAGGAUGGACGGAUAGCCUGUCUGACUGCCAGCGAUGCUGAUGAGGCGGACACAUUGAAUUCUAAGGUAGCUCAAGCGAUAUUCAAUGGGCUUUUGCACGAAAAUUUGCACAUCUUUGCAGCACAAAUUGCCACUAAUUCGACCCAUUCCUUGGUUUGUUUGCAUCUGUUGGCAUGA